CUCAGUCCAAGUGAUCACAAAAGAAAUCUUCUGAGCCGGAGGCGGUGGCAUUCUGUUUUGUUGUUUUGUUGUUUUUUUAAGCAACCACACUGGAGAGAAAGAAAACAGAAAAAAAAAAAAAAGCAAAACAAAACCCAGGCACCAGCCAGGACAUUUCUUUUCAACCUUCGUGAAAACAAACAAACAAAAAACAACCAUCAAAACAUUCGCCACCAACCACCACCACCACCACCAUCAAAACUGUUCCUAUUAGCGGCGGCGGCGGCAAACGUCACCCGGCGGCCCCAGCGUCCGCCUAAGGGGAUGAUGGUUUUCUCCUCAGAACAGCUCUUCGCCGACCUUCCUCCCUCGUGCUGAGCGGGAUUUUUGGGCGCUCUGGGGUUCGGGCUGGGAGCAGCUUCAUGACUACGAGGAGCGGGAGAGAGCGGCCACACCAUGCGAGCACAAAUUGAAGUGAUACCAUGCAAAAUUUGUGGCGAUAAAUCCUCCGGGAUUCACUACGGAGUCAUCACAUGCGAAGGUUGCAAGGGUUUCUUUAGGAGGAGCCAGCAGAAUAAUGCAUCUUACUCCUGCCCAAGGCAGAGAAACUGUUUAAUUGACAGAACCAACAGAAACCGUUGCCAACACUGCCGACUGCAGAAGUGUCUUGCCCUAGGAAUGUCGAGAGAUGCUGUGAAGUUUGGGAGGAUGUCCAAGAAGCAACGGGACAGUCUGUACGCUGAGGUGCAGAAGCACCAGCAGCGGCUGCAGGAGCAGCGGCAGCAGCAGAGUGGGGAGGCCGAGGCCCUGGCCAGGGUGUACAACAGCAGCAUCAGCAAUGGCCUGAGCAACCUAAACAAUGAGACCGGCAGUACUUAUGCCAAUGGGCACGUGAUCGAUCUCCCCAAGUCUGAGGGUUAUUACAACGUGGAUUCUGGUCAGCCAUCCCCUGAUCAGUCAGGACUUGACAUAACUGGAAUCAAACAGAUCAAGCAAGAACCUAUCUAUGACCUCACCUCCGUACCCAACUUGUUUACCUAUAGCUCUUUCAACAACGGGCAGUUAGCUCCAGGCAUAACCAUGACGGAAAUCGAUCGAAUUGCACAGAACAUCAUUAAGUCCCACCUGGAGACGUGUCAGUACACCAUGGAAGAGCUGCACCAGCUAGCAUGGCAGACCCACACUUAUGAGGAAAUUAAAGCGUAUCAAAGCAAGUCCAGGGAAGCUUUGUGGCAGCAGUGCGCCAUCCAGAUCACUCAUGCCAUCCAGUACGUGGUAGAGUUUGCAAAGCGGAUCACAGGCUUCAUGGAGCUCUGUCAGAAUGACCAGAUUCUACUUCUGAAAUCAGGUUGUUUGGAAGUGGUUUUGGUGAGAAUGUGCCGUGCCUUCAACCCAUUAAACAACACUGUUCUGUUUGAAGGAAAAUAUGGAGGAAUGCAAAUGUUCAAAGCCUUAGGUUCUGAUGACCUAGUGAAUGAAGCAUUUGACUUUGCAAAGAAUCUGUGUUCCUUGCAGCUGACUGAAGAGGAGAUUGCUUUGUUCUCAUCUGCUGUUCUGAUAUCUCCAGACCGGGCUUGGCUGAUAGAACCGAGGAAGGUCCAGAAGCUUCAGGAAAAAAUUUAUUUUGCACUUCAACAUGUGAUUCAGAAGAAUCAUCUGGAUGAUGAGACCUUGGCAAAGUUAAUAGCCAAGAUACCAACCAUCACUGCGGUUUGCAACUUGCAUGGUGAGAAGCUACAGGUAUUUAAGCAAUCUCAUCCAGACAUAGUGAAUACACUGUUCCCUCCCCUGUACAAGGAGCUCUUUAACCCUGACUGUGCCACCGUGUGCAAAUGAAAGGGACAAGACAACUGUCUCCUGGUCAUGGAAUGCAUCACUUUUAAGACAAAAGCAAUGUGUUCAUGAAGACCUCAGAAAAAAAAAAAUGUCACUACUGCAACAUUAGGAAUGUCCUGCACUUAAUAGAAUUAUUUUUCACCGCUACAGUUUGAAGAAUGUAAAUAUGCACCUGAGUGGGACUCUUUUUGUUGUUUGUUGGUUUUGGAAAUGAUCAUAAAUAUACAAAUAUAGGACACUGGGUGUUAUCCUUUUUUUUAAUUUUAUUCGGGUAUGUUUUGGAGACAACUGUUUAUAGAACUUUAUUGUAGAUAUAUACGAGAACAGAGCGGUACUUUACAUGGUUACUUUUCCUGUUGAUUG